AUGGAAACAACUCGUCCGUACCUCAAAUCUCUAGCCCACCGGGGCACAAUCCAAGGUGCUACGAUCUCAACACAAUACUUAUCGCAAGAUCUAUGCCACUACUUCGGCGGUGUCCGCUACGGAGUCGCGCCCUCCCAGCGCUGGCGCCGGGCCAGUCCCAUUCCCGCAUCUUUUACCUAUGGCAGCAAGGACGCCCCGGGCCGCUGUGACAAGGGUGCAGGGUUAUGCCCACAGCCUGGCUUCCUGAAUCUAUCGCCCGAGAACCCAGAUGCCUGGGAUGAGGAUUGCUUUCAGUGUAACGUGUGGAUACCUCUUGGGGAGCCGCCAGCAGAAGGGUGGCCCGUCUUUGUUUAUAUUCACGGCGGCUGGCUCCAAUUUGGCACGCCCAAUUCCUUCAACGCUGCCGCCCUGAUCGGCGAGGCGGGACUCAACGCCGUCGUCGUGAUGCCUGCGUAUCGAGUCAAUCUGUUUGGAUUCCUAUAUUCCGCCGAGCUCGAGCAGGAUGCAGCUUCAGUUGGGGAGACGGUUGGAAACCAUGGAUUCUGGGAUCAGCGAUUAGCGCUGGAAUGGAUCAAAAGAAACAUUGAUCUAUUUGGGGGCAACCCCAAUAAUAUCACCAUCUCUGGGUAUUCGGCGGGAGCAAACUCCGUUUUUCACCAAUUGGCCUACGACCUGCGUCAGCCGGACGAAGAGGCCAUUGUCCGCCAGGCUUGCAUUUGGUCGAACAGCCCAGCCGUGCAGCCCAAGCAUCCCGCCGAGACGCAAGAUCAGUUCAACCAAUUACUCACUGCAUUGGACAUCCCGCUGUCUCUUCCAGCCAGUGAGAAGAUGGCCCUUCUGCGACUGCUCCCUGCCAAGAAGCUUCUGGACACUGUCAAAACUAUCGAGGUUCAUCAAUUCAGACCCACCACGGAUGGCGGCUUCAUCUCACCAUCUCUUUUCCAAUCUCUUGACAACGGGGAUUUCGCCCGUAAAAUCCUUUCCCGAAAUGUUCGCAUCAUAAUUGGCGAAUGUGCUGACGAGCGCUUCCUCUAUAGCACAUGGUUCCCCCCGCAGAACAAUACAUUGGCAGCGCUCCGGACUCGCUUGAUCGCAGACUACCCCGAGCACAUUGUCGAUGGAAUUAUCGCGCAUUAUUACCCUUCCGGUCAGCUCCCAAGGGACUGCAAGGACUGGGUGGAUGAUGCGUGGGGAAGAAUAUACGCAGACAUGCAAGUGCACCAGAUGCAGCGGGGGUUAGCGUACGCCCUGAGCCACAACUCAAGUGGCGUCGAUGCCUCCCGACAGGUGUAUCGGUACCGCAUUGAAUGGCGGGCGAAGUGUAUGGAUGCUGUCAUGCCGGUUGAGUGGGGAGUCACUCACUCUUCAGAUUAUCCUGUGUGGUUCUUCGGUAACGGGAAACCAUUGCAGACCGAGGAGAAAAACAUCAUCAAGCAAUCUUUUAUUGGACCUUUAUGUCGCUUUGUUCAAGGAGCUGGGGAUUUCGGCUGGGGUACUUCGGGGGUUCGGCAAGUUCGAACGCUGCAGGGGAAUGGCAGAGUUGCGAUCCGAAAAGACAUGGCUUGGACUGAAGGAAACCAAACUCGAUUCAUAAUGACUGACGAUACUCGACGCCACUGGCACGGAGUCUCCGGCGACCGCCAUGAGCACCACAACGUCUGGAUGAACGGCGGUGCCAAAGGCCCCAGCGCUCGUGCUCCCUGGGCCAUGCCCGUGGGAACCGAAGCGACUGUUAGAAGAGACUCUAAUACCUCCAACACCUCCAAUGCCGAGAAUGCCUCUCCGGCCCUGCCAACUCUUAGUGAGCGUCGCCGCUCAAGCUCGGGGAGCGCGGCCGGCGGGCUCUUUGCCAAUCUGCACUCACAGAAACGGGACAAUACAGAUGCCGAGCACAAUGCUCGCCGAGCGAGCUGGAACGAGCAGGCGGCCAAGGGGGGUAUGUUUUCGAAGUGGUGGGAUGGAUACACCCGCGGCUCUGGCAGCAAGUAG